GUGGCCAAGUUGAAAAUGGCGGCAUCGAUCAUCCCAACACGCGAUCCAACCGUGGGCGCUAGCGACGACGAGAAUGAUGCUGACGAGUGUGCCAGCGUGGAAGAAGAGCAAGAGACGUGGGAAGACUGGGAGGAAGAUGGAGAAGCCAUGAAGUGUUUCUUCUGCGACUUCCAACACAACCAACUCGCCCACGUGCUCGUCCAUGCCAAGGACGACCACGGCUUCGAUUUCCGCGCCCAAGCGGUGGCGUUGCGAUUGCAGUUCUACAGCUUAGUGAAAUUGAUCAACUUUGCUCGGUCCAACUCGGCUGCCGACGUCUUGUCUCUGCUUUCGUCGCAGGGGGCAUCUGUCUUGGACGAUGAAGCGCUCCUCAUUCCCGUGAUCAAGGAGGACCCCAUGUUCUGCAGUGUCAUGGAGCUCUUCAACCAAGACGGCGGUGACGACGACAGCGAUGACGAUGACAAUGCCAACGUCGAGUCGAAGCCUGCCGCGCCGUUGACGCUCGAGGAGGAAAAUGCUGCGCUCAAGCUGGAACUUGAGCAAUGCCGUGACAAAAUGCGCAAGUACACGACGGUGGUACGCGCGUUUGCCGAAGACAAGCGCGACUACUCCAAGCCGCCCGAGGACAACGACACGUACUACUUUGACUCGUACUCGCAAGUGGGCAUCCACAAGGAAAUGAUUACCGACCGCGUGCGCACGGACUCGUACCGCGAUGCCAUCCUCAACAACCGAUCGGUGUUUGAGGGCAAGGUGGUGCUGGACGUCGGGUGCGGCACGGGCAUCCUCAGCAUGUUCGCGGCGCAGGCUGGCGCGGCCAAGGUGAUUGGCAUCGACUGCAGCGACAUGGGGGUCACCGCCAAGCAGAUCGUGGCGGCCAACGGGUUUGGCGACGUGAUUGAAAUCAUCCGGGGCAAGGUCGAAGAGAUCGAGUUGCCCGUGCAGCACGUGGACAUUAUCAUUUCCGAGUGGAUGGGCUACUGCUUGCUGUACGAGUCCAUGCUGGACACGGUCUUAUUUGCCCGCGACAAGUGGCUCGUGCCGGGGGGAUUGCUAUUUCCAGACAAGUCCACCAUGCACUUGCAAGCCGUGACCGACUCGACGGCGCGCCUAGCGUUCUGGGACGACGUGUACGGGUACAACAUGCAAGCGGUUCGCGAUCGCGUCGAGACCAAGGACGGGUUCGUCGAAGUCGUGCCGGCCUCGGACGUCCUCUCGACCCGCGCGCUGCUCAACACGAUCGACAUUCCCAGUGUCGACGUGGCUGCACUCGACUUUACCACGCCGUUCGAGCUCCACAUCACCCGGGCGGACACGUGCUUUGGGUUUCUAAGCAGCUUUGACGUUGGCUUUGAGGACAAAUUGACCAACCCGCUGUGGUUCUCCACGGGCGCUGAGGCCACCCCCACGCAUUGGCAGCAGGUGUUCUUCCAUGUCAAGCACCCGUUCGCGGUCGCUGUCGGCAGCGUCAUCCGCGGCACGUGGGGCGUCCAGCGCAACUGGAAAAACCCGCGCUUCUUGGACAUCGACUUGUCGUGGCGUGUCAACGACGACGAAUUGCAACACGAAACGUUUUACAUUCAUUAAUAAUAGACAACAACACGGGGGGUGGUUUGCAACAACCCCUUCCUUCCUUCCUUCCUAGUACUAGUCGUCGUCCCAACACAAACAAGAGUCACGUACUCGACAUCUCGUAGCUACCGCGCCUUACUCCUAUGUACUACGUACUACCUAGUACAGCACAAGAGAUCGUUCAAGCGUUUUGCUUUCGACUUGCCAGGUUGGUUGACUUCUUGAGUUGGCUCAAAAGCAGCUGGACGAUCCCAAUCAUCGCCAAACAUCGCGCGUGCUCGGGACUGGCCGGUGGCAUCCACUGGACGCACUGGUGCAACAACGCAUUCGUGGCCGUGAGGGACGGCGCCGCGUCUCGAAUACCAACUUGGGGAUCUAUCGGUAAACCCCCAGCAAGCAAUGUUGUUAUAUCAUCACAUGUAGCCAUCAUACAUUUUUCAAUCGCCUUUUUG